AUGACCAAAUCAUCUGUCCCCAAGCCUGGGCCCGCCAAGUUGGGCCCCAACUCUGGCCUGGAUGAGUGGCUGCAAGAGGCCAAGCAGUGUCACUAUCUGCCCGAACCCGUUAUGAAACAGCUUUGCGAGAUUGUCAAGGAAGUCUUGAUGGAGGAGAGCAACAUCCAACCCGUCGUCACUCCUGUCACAAUCUGCGGAGAUAUUCAUGGCCAAUUUUAUGAUUUACUUGAGCUUUUCCGCGUUGCCGGUGGCAUGCCUGGCGAAACCGCCGUCGAGGCACCCAAGAGCGCCAAACCUGUCAUUAGCGCCGACAUGAUCGAACCCCCCACUGAAAUUACAAACCCAAGACUGCGCAGGAAGAUCAAGACUCGUCGAAACAGCAAGGGCGAGAACGAAGAGACCGAGGUUGACGACGACGACGAUACUCUUCCCGAUGCUGCUGCUGCUGCUCAAAAUUCGUCCCGACCUGCCAGUCAGGACCUGACACCGACCGUCAACAACCCAAACAUGCGAUUUGUUUUCCUCGGGGACUUCGUUGACAGAGGCUAUUUCAGUUUGGAGACCUUCACUUUGCUUAUGUGCUUGAAAGCCAAAUACCCUGACCGCAUCAUUCUUGUCCGUGGCAAUCACGAGUCUCGCCAGAUUACUCAAGUCUACGGCUUCUACGAGGAGUGUCAACAAAAGUAUGGCAACGCCAGCGUUUGGAAGGCCUGCUGUCAGGUCUUUGACUUCCUAGUUUUGGCUGCCAUUGUCGAUGGCGAAGUUCUUUGUGUACACGGCGGUCUGUCCCCCGAAAUCCGUACCAUCGACCAGAUCCGCGUUGUCGCUCGUGCUCAGGAAAUUCCUCACGAGGGUGCUUUCUGUGAUUUGGUUUGGAGUGAUCCCGAAGAUAUUGACACUUGGGCUAUCAGCCCUCGUGGCGCUGGAUGGCUCUUUGGAGACAAGGUCGCCACCGAGUUCAACCAUGUCAACGGUCUUAAGCUCAUCGCUCGAGCUCAUCAACUGGUGAACGAAGGUUACAAGUUCCAUUUCCCCCAAAACUCGGUCGUUACGGUAUGGUCCGCACCGAACUACUGCUACCGCUGUGGUAAUGUAGCGUCGAUCAUGACGGUGGACAAGAACCUGGAUCCCAAGUUCAGUAUCUUUUCCGCUGUUCCUGACGACAUGCGCCAUGUUCCUGCUGGUAGGCGUGGGCCCUCCGACUAUUUCCUAUAG